AUGGGAAAACUGGGAUUUAAAAACAGUAAGAAGAAUAAGAAAGCUCAAGGACAGAAAGAAGGAGAUUCUAGUCUAGUUGUUUCUUCAACUGGUACCUCUCCCUCAAUCCCUGACAGAGCUGAAGAAGAUAAUGCAGAUGGAGGAGCUCCAGCUUCCGCAUCUGACAAGGUUAGUAACAAUCCUCGAGCUGAUAGAAAACGUAGUUGGGUGUGGGAGCACUUUAAGGAAUAUAAAGAUGUAAAAGUCACUAAAGUAAAGGGUCAAGAAGAUAUUGUAGAAGAAUUUAGGAGGGCUAAGUGUAUAUAUUGUCCUAAGGGUCCUCUAGGAGACUAUGCUUGUGAUCCUUACAAAAAUGGGACUCAAGGGAUGAUUAAGCACAUAAACAAAUCAUGUAAGUAUUAUCCCGGAAGGAGAGCGAUAGAUAAAAAUCAGAAAGUGCUUGCUGGUGAUAAAAGUAAGGGUAAUUCUAUGAAAAUGGUUGCAUUUAAUCCUCUUGAAGUUAUGAAAGCAUGUGUUGAAAUGGUUGUAGUUGAUGAGCUUCCUUUUAGCUUCGUUGAAAAGCAAGGGUUUAGGCAUUUUUGUCAUGUUGCAGUGCCAAUGUUUAAGGUCCCUUGUAGGAAAACUUUGGUUAAAAAUUUUCUUACAUUGUAUGAUAACACAAAGAAGAAGUUGAAAACUGAUUUAGCACACUAUAGGGUCUGCCUAACCACUGACACUUGGACAAGUGUUCAAAAUUUCAACUACAUGGUGCUAACAGCCCACUUUAUUGAUGAUAAGUGGGAAAUGCAUAAGAGGAUAAUCAAUUUUUGCACUAUUUGUAAUCAUAGUGGGAAUUCCAUAGGUCUUUUGAUUGAGUCAUGUUUGCUUCAGUGGGGGAUUAGCAAGGUUUUAACCAUCACAGUAGAUAAUGCAGCAGCCAAUAAGUGUGCUAUUGAGUUUGUUAGGUCCAAACUUAACAAAAGAGAAAAACCAGAAUCAAUCUUAGAGGGUAAGUACAUGCAUGUUAGGUGUACUGCCCAUAUUUGUAAUUUGAUUGUUGGUAGUGGGUUGAAGAGACUAAAUAGAUCAGUGUUGGCCAUUAGAAAUGCGGUGAAGUUUGUUAGGUCUUCACCAGCAAGGUUAGAUAGUUUUAAGGCAUGUGUAGAACUGGAACAGAUCCCUUGCAGAGGAUUGGUUGUUAUGGAUGUUCCCACGAGGUGGAAUUCAACAUUCUUAAUGUUGGAAGCUGCCUUGAAGUUCAAAGCAGCCUUUGCAAGGAUGGAGGAGCAACCGGACAGCGGCUUUUCAGCCUAUUUCAAAGAGCCUGAGGAAGAGUAUGAUGAGGAUGGAAAUUUGGUUCCAAGUAAAAGCAAGAGGCCUAGAGUGGGGCCUCCAUCCGAGGAUGAAUGGGAUAAGGUGGAAGUGUUUGUGCAGUUUCUUAGGGUAUUCUAUGAAGUAACUCUAAGAGUUAGUGCAAGUAAUAGGCCCAUAAUCCAUACCACUUUUCAUGAUGUGUUGUCAAUCGAAUCGGAGAUUAGCAAGCUCUUCAUAGAACCUGAAAUUGCAACAGGUUUGGACACCCAGAAGGUUUUGAGUGAUAUGGCAGAAAAUAUGAGGUCCAAAUUCAUCAAGUAUUAUGGUGGCUUUCGGGAAUUGAAUCCCUUGGUGGUGUUUAUGGGGCUGAUCCUUGAUCCUAGAUUCAAGCUAAGAUGUGCAGGCUAA